GGCUGUUUUUCUGGAGAGUUAGAACUGGAGCGGAGCAAGACAAAGCGAGGCUAUGGGCUGGGCAGGCGCCAUGGAGCUGCCGUCUCGCGUUCUGCUGUGGAAACUUGUGCUUCUACAGAGCUCUGUGGUUCUUUUAUCCUCAGGGCCAGCAGGGCCCGCAACAUCCAGCAGCUCCGUAGUGUCAGAGUCCGCGGUGAGCUGGGCAGCCGGAGCUCGCGCGGUGCUGCGUUGCCAGAGCCCGCGCAUGGUGUGGACCCAAGACCGGCUGCACGACCGCCAGCGCGUGGUGCACUGGGACUUCAACGGCGGCCCAGACCGCGGCCCCACACGCCGUCUUGUGGACAUGUACUCGGCGGGCGAGCAGCGUGUGUACGAACCUCGUGACCGCGGCCGCCUCCUGCUGUCGCCCUCCGCCUUCCACGAAGGCAACUUCUCUCUGUUCAUCCGCGCUGUGGAGGAGGCAGACGAGGGGCUGUACACUUGCAACCUGCACCACCAUUACUGCCACCUCUACGAGAGCCUGGCCAUCCGACUCGAGGUCACCGACAACCCCCGGGCCGCCCACGCAUACUGGGACGGUGAGAAGGAGGUGUUGGUGGUGGAGAGUGGCGCCCCCGCGCUGCUGACUUGCGUGAACCGCGCACACGUGUGGACCGAUCGGCACUUGGAAGAGGCUCAGCAAGUGGUCCACUGGGACCGGCAGCCUCCUGGGGUGCCGCACGACCGCGCAGACCGACUGCUAGACCUGUACGCUUCUGGCGAGCGCCGGGCCUACGGGCCAUCCUUCUUGCGUGACCGCGUGGCAGUGGAGGCGGACGCCUUCGCGCGUGGCGACUUUUCACUGUGCAUAGACCCGUUGGAGCCGGCCGACGAGGUCACCUACUCCUGCCAUCUGCACCACCACUAUUGCGGUCUGCACGAGCGUCGGAUCUUCCACCUGAGCGUCACCGAGCCUGUGGAGCCUGCCGCAGAGCCGCCCUCACGGGGUUCGCCAGGCAAUGGCUCCAGCCACAGCGGUGCCCCAGGCCCAGACCCCACACUGGUGCGAGGCCGCAGUGUCAUCAAUGUCAUCGUCCCUGAGGGCCAGGCGCACUUCUUCCAGCAGCUGGGCUACGUGCUGGCCACCCUGCUGCUUUUCCUCUUGCUGCUCAUCACAGUCAUCCUGGCCACACGCAAGCGCCGCCAAGGAGGGUAUGAAUACUCAAACAAGAAGUUGGGGAAUGCACAGGGGAAGGACAUGAACAUGGUGGAGAUUGCUGUGGCCACAGGAGACCAUACUCUUUAUAAGAGUGAGGACUUCCAACUAGAUUACAAAAAUAACAUCCUGAAGGAGAGGGCUGAGCUGGUUCACAGCCCACUGCCUGCAAAGAACAUCGACCUGGACAGAGAGUUCAGGAAGGAGUACUGCAAAUAAAGUGAUACUGGGCUCCUGGCUGGGCCAGCAGCUCUUCCAACUCCUCUCUGCACCUCGGAGGAUGUCCUCAUGACCCUCAUGCAGCUCACAUGGCCCUCUUCCAGCGGCUGGUCCCGCUUUCCUGGAACUUGGCCUGGACUGGCACAGAGCAAGGCUGCCUCCACGUCCCUUUCCCAGAACUACCCUCUCUCGGCAACAGUGGGCUCCCAGGGCCUCAGUAGCAGUAUGGCUUCUGCCCUUCAGCCAGUCCUCACUCGCCGGUGGUACUGUGCCCCACCCCUGAACCUUGGUAGAGCCAUGGUCUUGGUGAUUUCCACCAAGCUCUCAGGUGCUCCUGACCUCUGCCCACUGGAAGGGGGCUCAGGACUCGGCAGCCUGAGAGCUGUCACCUCCAAAACUUCGGGGAGCCACCUGCUGCCACUGAGCUUCCAGGGGCUCCUCUGGACCGCUCCAGGCUUUCCUCAGAGGCCCACCCAGGCCGUGAUCUGCUCUGCACAAGGACCUGAGGACCCAGCAUGCUUCAGGCCUGAUUGAAGCCCUCUGUGCUGCUUUGGGCCACCUGGGGCUGCCCCGUGGCUGGUUCUUCGCUUUUGACCUCCUACUCCAGCCUUGUUUGCAACAAGCUGCCUUGACAGUCACUGGGCUCCAUGUGACGUUGACCCUGACACCUUCCCUGUGGCCACUCUCUAGGCUGGAGCCUGUGGCUGGGGCCACAUUUGGCUUCUGUGUUGAUUGAGGAGGGGGAGGGGUGGCCAGUUCUGAGGUGGCCUGUGCUGCCACUCCCAAAACCCCACAUUUACUCCUGCUGGGGAAAUUGCCACCAAUACAAUAAAGGUCACCUCUGAUUUUUAGACUUG